CUUUCUCCGUAUUUACUACAAAAGUGCUGCUAAAAUCUCUACAGUGUUUGUGUGAGCGAUUUGUGUGUUACAUUUUUGACUUCGAGCUCAUUCUACAUUAUCAAAAUCGAGUAACUUAUGAAUUUUUGUGAUUCAAGUUCUAGUGGUGAAUUUUAUUCUCCUCUCACCCUUUCUGAUUUAGGUUUAAGCCCUCUUAAGGAGGUUAGGGUUAGGAGUGAGAGUGAUAUUGAGCAUGAGUUAGAGUUUUUUGAAGAUCCUGAUUACAUCCCUCACCUUACUCCAUGCAGUGAAAGUUACGAGACUGACGAGAUGUCUUCUAGGGAAACAUUGAGCAAUGGGGGGAGCGAGGAAGUAAAAAUGUUGGAGUACAAUGACAAACUUAUGAGAUUUCUUCUCGGGUUCUGGUUAGGCCUGCUGAAGUGGAGGAAAGGGCAUACUCUGCACCCCAGGAUCACUAGAUGCCAGUCUAAGAUGGACAAAUUUUUGGGUGCUGCUACUGGGGUGGCUAUCCCCAAGAAGCCAAGGAAGAAGUCAAAGACUUCUGAGAAUGCUGUGAGUGAGAAAGGAGAUGGGAAUAAGGAGAAAGGACAGAUGUCAAGUAUAGAAGUCCGAGCUGCAAAGGCGAAGGAGUUGAGGGGGGACAAGGUAGUGGAGUUUGUACCUCAGCCGGCUCCUGUUGAGCUUGAUUCUGAUCUCAGAGAGAUUGAGGUUCCCACCCAUGGCAAGGGCAAAGUAGAUCAUCGUCAAGCUAAGGAUGAAGUGUUGGUGCAUGGAGGGACCUCAGUUGUGAGGCAUGCUUUUGAGACUGCAACUUGGGUCAAUGUGCUAGCCCAAGAGUUCAUGGACCUCGUUAAGGAGUGUAACAGCCUGCAGAAGGAAAGAGAUGAGCUACAGAAGAAGAAUGGGGAAAUGAAGAGGGAGCUGGAUGUAGUGGUACCAGUAGUGACGAGCUUGCAAGAUGAGAAAGACUUGCUGAAGACGAUUCUUUCAUUCGAAGAGCGAAAAAGAAAGAUGUGUGAAGAAGAGAAUGAAGCACAAAAGGAAGAGAUAAAAAGAAUGAGAGAAUCUGAGGCCGAGCUCAAAAAGAAUGUUCAACUGUUGGUGCAUAACGAGAUGGAGGAGCAUAUCACCAAUUUCAUCAACUCCAGCUCGUUUGACAACAUUGUCUAUCUAUACCGGCUACCUACUGCAAUCCUCGCCUUCACCGAUUGUAGGAAGAAGGUGAAAGCUGAGUAUCCCGAAGUGGAUAUAACAAAGAUCACCUUCAACAAACAAGAGGAAGGGGUGGAGGAGAACGGUGAAACAAUGGAAAAAGAGGAAGUAAAGGUAGAAGGUGCUGAAGUUGAGGAGAGCCAACCACCUCUACAAGUGAAGGUCCAUCCAGUUCCCUCUGAUGAAGAACAGCCACCUCUUCUAGCAGGUCAAAAGCCACCUCAGCCACCUCCUCCAACGGAGUAGUUAGGGAUUUUAAUUUUUUUUGAUUUAUGUAGUUGGAAUGUGAACAAUGAUUAAUUUAAACAUUUUUGUAGCAUUUGUUGAUUAAUCUAAGGAAAAUUUUUGAAAUUAGUUUUAAUACUUGUUUUGUGUUUUAAUUGUUUUGUAUUAACAUAAGAAUAGAGAUGAAGUAAUUCA